ACAAAAUUUGUCAAUGUUAAAUAAAAGCCUGUGCAUGAUAUUAUAAUUUUUCUUCACACUUGUCGUUUGUCAAAUAUUUGUAGAUUUAUUUGGUCACGUUUAGUUAUGCUUAGUCGUUAGUCUAAAUUAAAAAACAGGUAGUGCGGUGAGCAAUCAUUCUUAUUGUCAAAAAUCUUCAAUCUAACUUUUGUUUUUUAUUAAUUAGAAGAAAAAAAGAAGAAUGUCCAAUGAAUAAUGAUAUUAAAUUUAUGUAAUAUAUAAAGAAAGUAUAUAUUCGUAUAUAGUUAGUUUCGAUUCAUCGAUUAUUAUAAUUGGUUAACCCAAGUUCAUUCAUCUAUUCGAUUACGAUCUUAACAAUUCCUUCCUUAUUUUUUUGAUUGAGUCAUACAUGACGUGUUAAGUUUUACAAACAUACAUACAUCAUUGUACAAUUUAUUAAAAAAAUUAUAACAUGAAUGUAAACGAUAAUGAAUCAAUAGAACAAUAUGAACCUUCCAUUAAAAAUAUCAUAGAACAACGAUCAUUACGAUGGAUUUUCGUCGGUGGUAAAGGCGGAGUUGGAAAAACAACAUGCAGCUGUUCUUUGGCUAUACAACUGUCAAAAGUAAGAGAAAAUGUUCUUAUUAUCUCUACGGAUCCUGCCCAUAACAUCUCAGAUGCCUUUGAUCAAAAGUUUAGUAAAAUACCCACCAAAGUUAAGGGUUUUAAUAACUUAUUUGCAAUGGAGAUUGAUCCAAAUGUAGGUAUUACCGAGUUACCAGAAGAAUAUUUUGAAGGUGAAGCAGGUGGAGAAGCAAUGAGAUUAAGUAGAAAUGUUAUGCAAGAAAUAGUUGGUGCAUUUCCUGGUAUUGAUGAAGCAAUGAGUUAUGCUGAAGUUAUGAAAUUGGUUAAAGGAAUGAACUUCUCCGUUGUAGUAUUUGAUACUGCACCUACUGGUCAUACUUUAAGGCUAUUGUCAUUUCCACAAGUGGUUGAAAAGGGAUUAGGAAAACUGUUACGUUUAAAAAUGAAAAUUGGACCUUUCAUUAAACAGAUUAGUUCUUUAUUGGGAAUCACUGAUUUCAACGUGGACACUUUUUCAAAUAAAAUGGAAGAAAUGUUAGCAGUUAUUCGUCAAGUCAACGAACAAUUUAGAAAUCCAGAUCAAACUACCUUUGUUUGUGUGUGCAUAGCUGAAUUUUUAUCACUUUAUGAAACAGAAAGACUUGUACAAGAAUUAACGAAAUGUGGUAUUGAUACACACAAUAUUAUAGUAAAUCAACUACUUUUCCUGAAGGAAGGUGAUGUUCCAUGUAGACUUUGUCUUGCCCGGCACAGAAUUCAAGAUAAAUAUUUGGAACAGAUUAUGGAUCUUUAUGAAGAUUUUCAUGUUACACGUCUGCCUUUAUUAGAAAGAGAAGUUCGUGGUGUACAGCAAGUUAAGGAAUUCUCUGAAAAUCUUAUCAAACCGUAUAAACCUUAACAUAAAUGUAAUUAAUGGGAUUAUAAUAUAUUACAUAUAAUCAGA